CAUCCACCAAAACCUUGCAAACUAAUAUCUUAUCUUCAUGGAUAGAACUAGAAGAAUGAAAACCCUCCCACCAACCACUGUAAACUUUUCCCCAAACUUUGAACGGUCUGAUGAAGGUUCCAAUUACCUUCUUAGAGUGAAUCUUCCAGGUUUCAAUAGGAAGGACUUCAGUGUUCAAGUAGACCAAACAAGAAAGCUAACAAUCAAGGGAAGAAGACAGUCAGAGAAGAACACUUAUGUCCUCCUUGAUGGGAUCUACAAUCUGCCUCAAGAUUCAGACUAUAAGAAGAUCGCCGGCAAGUUUGAUGAUGGAUGCCUUGUUCUUACUAUACCAAAGAUGGUUAAGCCAAUGGCACCUGAAGAAAAGAAACCAAACGAGAUUAAUCAAGAACCACUAAAACCUCUUCCUUCUUCUAUUGAUAGCAAGAAGAUUGAACAAGGAGAGAAGCAGGAUGCACUACAAGUUGAGAAGAUGAAGAAGAUUGAGGGGAGUAAAAAGGUGGCAGAUGAAAUAUCACCACCAAAGACUUCAACUCCAACUUCUGAGAAGAAGCUUGAGGAGAGAGAAAAGGUGGCAGCUGAUCAAAUACCACAACCAAUGACUUCACCUCCAACUGAUCAUGAGAAGAAGAUUGAGGAGAGAGAAAAGGUGGCAGCUGAUCAAAUAUCACAAACAAAGGUUUCACCUUCAAAUGAGAAGAAGAGUGAUCAUAUUCAAGAUGAAGGUUCAAAGGAGAAGGUCACUGAUGAUCAAGAUGAGAAAAAAAUUGGACUUCUCUGCAAGAGAAAGUUCAGAGAAGAAGGAUGGUUAGACCAUGGAAUGCUUGAUAGUUUGAUUGAGAGGAUUAACAACAACAAGAAGGUUAUUCUUGUUGCUGUUGUUGCUCUCUCCGUUGGAUUUUAUGUGUCUCAUAAACUCAGAUCAUCUGCAAAAUGAGUUCAAUUAUUUCCUUAAUUGUGUGUGUAUAUAUAUAUAUAUAUUCAAGUGAUUAUUGAUAA